UUACCAGCUGAAGGCUUUGACCACUGCCCCAGGCAGAAAUCAACUAGAGAAUGGCGGCCGCUGUAUCUGAGAGCCAGGCAGACCCCAGGUUUCCAGCCGAGGUCCUGGAAUUGAUGAGGGCCAACUACACCAUUCCAGAGGCCUGUUUUUCCAUCCCCCCGACGGCCUCCCAGCUCCUGAAACAGCUGAGCGCCGUGGAGCUGGCCAUCACGGUGCUGCUCACCCUGCUCACCUUGGGCUCCAUCGUCAUCUACGUGGAGGACGCCGCUUACCUUCGCCGCAACAUCCGCUGCCCCAUUAAGCGUCGGACGCUGCUCUGGAAGAGCUCCGCUCCCACGGUGGUCUCCGUUUUCUCCUGCUUCGGGCUCUGGGUCCCCCGGUCCCUGAUGAUGGUGGAUAUGGCCAUCACUGCCUAUUACUCCAUCUGCUUCUACCUGCUGAUGCUGGUCAUGGUGGAAGGCUUUGGAGGAAAGAAGGCGACCCUGAAAGCGCUGAAGGACACACCGAUGGUGGUCAACACGGGGCCUUGUUGCUGCUGUUGCCCCUGCUGCCCUUCCUUCACCAUGACGAAGAGGAGGCUGCGGCUGCUGAUGCUGGGCCCCUUCCAGUACGCCUUCCUCAAGAUGGUCUGCGUCCUGGCGGGCCUGCUGCUGAUGCCCGACGGCAUCUACAACCCCGCCGACAUCUCCGCAGCCAGCGCGGCCCUCUGGAUCAACACCUUCUUGGGCGUGUCCACUUUAUUAGCCCUCUGGAGCCUGGCCAUCGUUUUCCGCCAGGCCAAGGACCGCUUGGGAGGGCAGAACAUCAAGGCCAAGUUCUCCCUGUUCCAGAUCGUCCUCAUCCUCACCGCCCUGCAGCCCUCCAUCUUCUCGGUGCUGGCCAGCACUGGAUCGAUUGCCUGUUCGCCCCCUUUCUCCGCCAUAAUCAGGUGUCGGGUGAUGAACUGCCACCUGCUCAUCAUGGAGACCUUCCUGGUAACCGUGGUCACCCGGAUGUAUUACCGCCAUCGGGAUGACAAGGCCGGGUACGAACCCUUCCCCUCUCCGCCGGCCGGCUCGGACGCCCAGGCCUGAGGGAUGGGGGCCGGCCCCGAGGACUCCCCGCCGGCCCUCCCGGAUCCGCCUCGCACUUGCCCGUUGACGACGGCACAAGCCCGCGCGGGUCGCCGCUGGUUCCGAGGGUGGCACCGGGCCGCCUGCCCCGGACUGCGAUGCCCUUGUGAGGAAUAACUGAUAUCUGAGCCUUGGGACCACGGGAACUAUCGGGACGCCCGCGCCCAACAGCUGGCCGCCCAGCCCUAGUGUCACCACCACCAGUCAGCCAGUUAUUUGUAUUUGCCAAUUGUAUUUAUUGAGCGCUCACUGU